AUGGACGUCUUCAGGUUGGACGGACGUCUUCAGGUGAACGGACGUCUUCAGGUUGGACGGACGUCUUCAGGAGGUCCCCGAGACCCGGACGGCCUCGACGAUGGCACUCGGGGCACGGUGACGGCGGCGACGGCGGCGCCGGUCCACGCAGUUCGCGUGCGCGGCGGUCGCCGUCUCCGUGACGCCGAUCGCGCGCCUCGCCGCUCGCCCCACUGCCGCCCGUCGCUGCCGGAGGGCGCGGAGCCGGAACGUUCCGGAGGCCCCUCGGGGGAGGAGGAAGACGGCCUCGUGUGGGCGGUGGAGGAGCGAGGUCGACCCGAGGGAGGCCGACCCGGCGGCCGCGGGCGAUGUCGCGUAGAUCUCCCCCGGCGACCGUCGCGGGCGACGCCUCGGCGGUGGAGAGCGCCGCCCUCCUUUGUGCGGACGGUGGAGUUCAAGAGACGGCUGAGGCCCCAGGACGAGGGCGGCCUGCUGAACGCGACGCGCGACUGCGCCGCCUUCAGGCGCGCUCGAGGCUACGCGGCCUCGCCGCUGAGCCGCGAGGAGGCCGACUUCCCCGUCGCCUACUCCGUGGUCGCCCACCACCGCGUGGACAUGCUGGAGCGGCUGCUGCGCGCCAUCUACGCCCCGCAGAACCUCCACUGCCUCCACGUGGACGCCAAGUCGCCCCGGGCCUACCAGCAGGCGGCGCGCUCCCUCGCCGCCUGCUUCCCCAACGUGUUCGUGGCGCGCCGGCUGGAGGCGGUGGUCUACGCCUCGUGGUCGCGGGUGCAGGCCGACCUCAACUGCAUGCGCGAGCUGGCGGAGCGCGCCGGCGAGAGCCCCUGGAGGUACUUCGUGAACCUCUGCGGCCUCGACUUCCCCAUCAAGACCAACCCGGAGAUCUUGCGGCAUCAGGGACGAGAAGACGGCAACGACAGCUCUGGCGAGGAGGUGGAGGAGGAGGUGUCGCUUGAGGCACCAUCGCAACACCGCAAGGCGCCUUCAGUCGGGGGCCCUGCGAGGAUCCUUCUACCUCGGCUCAUCGACCCCGGCGGCGGCGACGGCGGCAGCAGCAGCAGCAGCAGCCAGUUGUGUCUGCCGCGCCCGACCCGGGGAGCCGUUUGCAGCUGCCGCCGAGCGUUCGAUGAGAUGUCCUGGUUCAAGAAAAUAGCUGCGCUGGGCGUGUGCUUCUUGGUCGGCUUGGCGGUCAGCAUCAGCUUCAUUCGCGUGAAGGUGUCGACGGGCCCGCCGGCGACGCGGCACCUCCAGAUGCCCGACAUCGGGGGACCCCGAUUCCCCGUCGACUGCGAGGCCGUCGUCUUGCGGGGCGACGUCGACGACGUGGCCUCGAACGCGGCGCUGCUGGCCCUGACGGUGGAAUUCCGGAAGGGGGCGAAUCUCGACGAGGGCGGCCUGCUGAACGCGACGCGCGACUGCGCCGCCUUCAGGCGCGAGCGGCGCUACCUGGCCUCGCCGCUGAGCCGCGAGGAGGCCGACUUCCCCGUCGCCUACUCCGUGGUCGCCCACCACCGCGUGGACAUGCUGGAGCGGCUGCUGCGCGCCAUCUACGCCCCGCAGAACCUCUACUGCCUCCACGUGGACGCCAAGUCGCCCCGGGCCUACCAGCAGGCGGCGCGCUCCCUCGCCGCCUGCUUCCCCAACGUGUUCGUGGCGCGCCGGCUGGAGGCGGUGGUCUACGCCUCGUGGUCGCGGGUGCAGGCCGACCUCAACUGCAUGCGCGAGCUGGCGGAGCGCGCCGCCGAGCGCCCCUGGAGGUACUUCAUCAACCUCUGCGGCCUCGACUUCCCCAUCAAGACCAACCUGGAGAUCGUGCGGGCGCUGCGGGCGCUGCGCGGCGCCAACAGCUUGGAGUCGACGAAGCCCCCGGGCUACAAGAGGCGUCGUUGGGAGUAUCGCCACGAGGUCGAGGGCGACCUCGUGAGGCUCACGGACGUCAGGAAGUCCCCGCCGCCCAUCCCGUCGCCGGUGUUCGCCGGCAGCGCCUACAUGGUGGUGACGCGCGCCUUCGUCGAGCACGUGCUGAGCGACCCCGCGGCCCGGGCCCUCAUGGAGUGGUCGAACGACACCUACAGCCCCGACGAGCACCUGUGGGCGACGCUGCAGCGGAUGCCCGGCGUGCCCGGGGCGGCGCCCUGGCACGACGUGCACGACGCGACGUGCCUGUCGGCGAUCGUGCGCGCCGUCAAGUGGUCGGCGUUCCAGGGCGACGUGGCCCAGGGGGCGGCCUACCCGCCCUGCCGCGGCGCCUACGUGAGGCAGAUCUGCGUCUACGGGGCGGGCGACCUGCCGUGGCUCGUGCGGCAGCGGCAGCUCUUCGCCAACAAAUUCGACACGGCGGUCGACCCCGUGGCCGUGCACUGCCUGGAGUGGUACCUCCGCAACAGGGCGGUGAAGUGGGCGGACAGGAUGCAAAGUGAAUGUUCGUAUUGGGAUUGA